AUGGCUGAGCAGGAAAGGAUGAGUCCCGCCCCUGUGCGGGUCCUAGAUGAAGUUUUGGGCAUGGGUUUGACGACAGCCGGGGAGACGACAGAAGAGGUGCCCACAGAGGGCAUCUACUACCUGGAGCAGAUCAGCAUAACUGAACCAUCUGAAGAUGAUUGUGAGUAUGAAGAGAUACCAGAUGACAAUUUCAGCAUUCCUGAAGGUGAAGAAGAUCUGGCAAAAACAAUUCACCUGGUACAAGAACAGGAUACAGAUACUCAGAUCUUGGAGCAAGAAACAAUUCUUCCUUCAAAGCCUGUGGUACCUGAAGUAAUAGAAGACUUUCUCUGCAAUUUCCUGAUCAAAAUGGGAAUGACCCGAACUCUUGAUUGCUUUCAGUCUGAAUGGUAUGAGUUAAUACAGAAGAAAGUAACUGACCUUCCAGCCGUUGGGAAUGUUCCAGAUGUCUAUAAUCAGAUUAUGUUUCUAGAGAAUGAGAACAGAAAUUUGAAGAAAGAUUUGAAGCACUUCAAACAAGCAGCUGACAAAGCUAGAGAAAAUCUGCUGAAAAUUCAGAAAGAACGUGAUUUUCAUCGAAUGCAUCACAAGCGUAUAGUCCAAGAAAAAACAAAGUUGAUUAAUGACCUCAAAGGAUUAAAGCUACAUUAUGCAUCUUAUGAACCAACUAUGAAAGUGUUACAUGAGAAGCACCAGGCUCUGCUGAAGGAGAAAAUGCUGAUCUCCUUGGAAAGAGACAGAGCUGUUGGGAAGAUUACUGGACUCCAAGCAACAUUGAGAACGAUAGAUGGAGGCCAAAAUGUUCAUUUUCCUAUAAUUAGAGUUGGUCACUACUGUGAAAAGGAAAAUAGACCCGAGGGUCCUACUCAAAAGAGUCUUCGUGAAGCCAGGGAACAAAACAAGUGUAAAAUGUUGAUGAAAGGUAACAAAAAGGAUUCAGAAUUUCCCAUAGAUAUGCAAUCAAAUCUAGACAUGAAUUUAUGUAAAGAAAAUCUUUGCCCAGCAAAAUUUGACUACAAACUGAAUAACAUUUUUAGACUUCAUGAACUUCCAGUGAGCUGCAUCAUCAUGCAUCCCUGCAAGGACAUGCUCAUCUCCUGCAGUGAGGAUCGCCUCUGGAAGUUGGUGAGCCUACCAAAGGGCAAUGUGCUGCUCACGGGUUCUGGCCACACGGACUGGCUUUCCAGCUGCUGCUUCCACCCCAGUGAAAACAAGCUGGCUACUUCAAGUGGUGACACAACUGUAAAACUAUGGGACCUAACUAAAGGUGAUUGUGUUUUGACCUUGGAAGGACACAGCCAUGCGGUGUGGUCAUGCACAUGGCACUCCUGUGGCAAUUUUGUGGCUUCUGCUUCAUUGGAUAUGACGAGUAAAAUCUGGGAUGUUAACAGCGCAAGAUGCAGGUAUACCUUGUACGGACACACGGAUUCCGUGAACAGCAUUGAGUUCUUCCCUUUUUCCAACACACUUCUCACUGGCUCUGCAGACAAGACCUUGUCUAUAUGGGAUGCACGCACGGGUAAAUGCGAGCAUUCGCUGUAUGGCCACAUGCAUUCCAUCAACGAUGCCACCUUCACUCCAAGGGGUCACAUAAUAGCAUCCUGUGACACUUGUGGCGUUAUAAAACUAUGGGACUUUCGGAAGCUCUUGCCCAUCGUGUCCAUUGAUAUUGGCCCCAGCCCCAGCAAUGAGAUUAACUUUGAUUCAACAGGUAGAGUUUUGGCUCAGGCAAGCAGCAAUGGAAUUAUCCAUUUGUUGGAUCUUACAUCUGGGCACAUUCACAAGCUGAUGGGCCACGAGAGUGAAGCACAGACGGUGGUGUUUUCACAUGAUGGGAAAUAUCUGUACUCUGGAGGUUCUGAUGGCACCAUCAGGUCCUGGUGCUGA